AUGCAAAAAGUCUCCAUUUUACUUGCUCAAUAUGGCACAGCUGGUGAGCCUAUGAUUGGUUGUGUAAAGGCAACAUUCACACAGCCGAUCUUCUUACAAAAAGUAUACAUUGGCCUUCAACAAAUUAAUAUGAAGUAUGGCUGCGUCGAGAAUUCUCUUCCAAAGAAAGAGACGGACGUCGAGUCUACUGGUCUUUCAGUGCCUUCGGUCUAUCGGGAUGAGUUCACUGUUGCCAUGUUUGAGUGUGACGGUAAUUAUCCAUUGGGAGAAAUUGAGUUCUGCCCGGGGACUUACCAGUUCCCAUUCAAUUUCACUCUUCCCCCAACAUUCCCCCCAACACUAAUUAUACCCGGCAAGCCAUACCAAACCACUUACACUCUCAAAGCUCUUUUCAUCUACGACGACAAUAAAAGAUAUGAAAGUGGGUCAGUCGAUUUCCCAAUAUUGUACAACUGCGACAUCCCACUUGAAAUACCAACAUCAACAACCAAGCCAAUUGGUAAACUUAUAGUAACUGUAGCUCAGAACAGAUCGUCCUAUAUUCAAGGAGAGAACAUGGACGUAGCACUCUCUAUUAACUCUCUUGAGAACACACAGAUCACACUUUCACUCAUCGGCGCCUUUUUAAGCGGCAGCGUCUGUCAGAAGGUGACAUACAACUCAAUGGAGAUGAAAGUUGAACGGAAUGUGCCUAUUUCGAACCUUUCCAUCAUCUUCCCAAUCUCAUACACAACAAACCCUACUUACGUCACAUCAUCACAAGCAUUCAGACACUUCAUCUCAAUCAAAAUCGAGUCUUCCAAUAUAUUCUCAAAUCCAGAGGAGAUCUGCUUCCCAGUCAAAAUUAUAGCGCGACGCCCGAGUGAUGAUAAAGUCCAAUUGUACUCGAAAUUUUUGGGGGUGGUCAUUAACCCGUACGUACAUCCAAGCUUCUGCGAAGGAAGACUGGAACAACCACCACAGUAUCCAAUCACUGUACAAGACGGCGUGGAGAAAAUACAAACAACAAAAGGACAAGUCCUCUUUUUGGACCACAAGACGCGGAACGUGUUAUCUGAAAAACAAGGCGAACCGGUCCAAAUGUGUGUCUACCCGUUAUGGAAAAGUUCUUUGUUACCGCCUGGGAUUACUUAUGGGAUGUGGAGGAAUAAAGAGUGUGUGUUUGACCACAUCAAUAAGAAGACGUUCUGGGUCGACCCAUUUGUUAACCUGCCCCAAUCAUUACUGAAUGACUCCCCGAAUGCUUUUGUGUCUAUUUUUGUUGUUGAGGCACUUGGACUAAGAGUGAGAGGCUCGACGAACCCCCCGACAGUGUAUGCCGCCGUCUUUAAUUCAUAUGGGAAAAUGAUGAAGUCGAAGGAAGUCAAAAACACGCCAGAUCCCAUAUUUAAUAACGCGAGUUUUGUGGUCAAUCCCACAACAAGAAGAAAGAACGUUAUUGUCUAUUUGUUUGAGAAAAGAAGUUUGGUGUCAGACGACUUUAUUGGAGCUGCCGAUAUCGACUUGACGAAAUUGCCAUUUCCAUCGUUCAUAGAUCAGUGGUUCACCCUCCACGACUCUCCAUUUGGGAAUGAAUGCAUCACAGGGAAAGUCCAUUUGAAAAUAGGAUACGACAGAAUCCCACAUAAAAUAGGAGACGAGUGUAAAGAGAUCAUUCAAUUCAGCUCACUCUGUGAUGUGCCGUUUUACCCACCAACAGAAGACAUGAAAAAACAAGUCACUACACAAAACCAAUAUCGAUCGAAACAACUCAUGCAAUCUUAUAUGGCCGUGGGUAAUAUGGGGUGUAUGAAUUGCGACUGGGAUGUGAGUAAAAUCGUUUAA